AUGUCCAAAACAGCAAGCCGCCCCGACUGGGCCGACGAUGUCUCGGAUUCCGAGCAAAUCAACGAUCCCACGGCGCUGCCACCGCCAGUGACGACGGUGAACAAGGACGGGACGAAAACGACGAUAUUAUACCGCCUCGACGACCAGGGCCGCAAGGUCAAGGUGACCCGCAAGACCCGGACCACUGUGCACAAGGAACGAGUGAACCCGGUGGUGGCGGAGCGCAGGGAGUGGACGAAAUUCGGUCUCGAGAAGGGCAAGCCCAAAGGACCGCAGUCGGACACGACGUCGGUGGGCGAAAACAUCAUCUUCCGACCCAGCAGGGACUGGAAAAACGUGCAAGCCGAAGAAGCAAAGACCGGCGGCGGCAAGGCCGAGGAGAAGAGUCUCAAGGAACAGCUGCGCGACAAGAAGGUCAAGUGCCGGAUCUGCUCGGGCGAACAUUUCACAGCCAGGUGUCCCUUCAAGGACACCAUGGCCCCGGCGGACGAGGGCGCAGGUCCUGUCGCGGACCCCCUGGCCGACGACGACGAGUCCAAGGCCCCUGGUGGCCUCGGGAUCGGUGGCUCUAGCUAUGUCCCGCCGCAUCUCAGAAAGGGCGCCACCGGCGCUGGCGCUGGCGAGAGAAUGGGUGGCAAAUACGAGAGAGACGAUCUGGCUACACUGCGCGUCACGAAUGUGUCGGAAAUGGCUGAAGAGAACGAGCUCCGUGACCUCUUUGAGCGCUUUGGCCGCGUCACUCGUGUCUUCCUUGCCAAAGAUAGAGACACUGGGCGGGCCAAGGGUUUCGCUUUCAUUUCGUUCGUCGACAGGGCUGAUGCUGCCAGAGCAUGCGAGAAGAUGGACGGCUUCGGUUAUAGGCAUUUGAUUCUAAGGGUCGAGUUCGCAAAGCGGACUUGA